AUGCUCCCCACCCCUGAUACAUCCCACGUCUCGUUCGACACAAUCUACGAACCCUCCGAAGACUCUUACCUCUUCCUCGACACCCUCUCCUCCACCUCCGAAUCCGCCUGGCUGAAAUCCCGCUUCAGCUCUUCGCCGUCACCGUCCCCCUCGCCUACCCUCCUCGAAGUCGGCUCCGGCUCCGGCGUCGUCAUCGCCUUCCUAACCGCCCACUCCUCACUAAUCCUCGGCCGGCGUGAUGUCCUCGCCCUUGCAACAGACGUAAAUCGGAACGCCUGCAUCGCAACACAAAAAACAAUUACCAAAGCCGUAGAUGAACGGCAAUCACAAGACGAGGACCAGAAUGCCGAUACGCUGAGUGACAACACAGGGCCAAAAAUAAAAUCGGUAUGCCUUUCGGCUGUAACCGGGGAUCUAUGCGCAGCUAUCCGGCCGGGAAGUGUGGAUAUUUUACUUUUUAACCCACCCUAUGUACCGACGGAGGAAUUACCGGCUUUACCGUCUACUUCGACUGAUCCAGCUGCAAAAGAGUAUUCGAGGAGCGCAAAGUUCGAACAGGACUCGUAUUACCUCUCUCUGACAUAUGCGGGGGGACGAGACGGGAUGGAGACGACGGAGAGGCUGCUAGAGUCAAUUCCUGGAGUUUUGGAUCCGGAUCGUGGUGUUGCGUAUGUGCUCCUUUGUGCGCAGAACAGGCCGGAAGAGGUGAAGGGGAGGAUUAGGGAGUGGGGAGAUGGAUGGAGGGCCGAAUCAGUAGGCAACAGUGGGAUGCAAGCUGGGUGGGAAAAGUUGGUGAUUGUGAGGAUUUGGAGAGAAACUUAG